GCGUACCAGCAAAGCGUCUGCGUAUCCAUGGCUGAGCUGAGCUGAAGGCCUGAAGCAAAGCAAUAAGCAAGAACACGUACACGCGCUGCCAGAGCACCAGAAGUUUGCAGCAGAUCGCGAGCAGAAAAAGGCAUCAGGAGAUUGAUUAUUUAGGACCCCCCACCCCACCCCACCCCAGACGCAGAGAGGCGAGGGGGCGCUGUCCGGAAAUUCCCCAAUUAAGCCCAUCUGCCUGCCUCUCCACUUCUCUCCCUCCAGGCUCCAGUUCCACUGCGCCGCCCGGCGUGCUCGCCGCUGCUCGCCUCGCGGGAGGGACAUGUCGGCCUCCGCGUCGUCGCCAGCCGCCGAGGAGAAGCAGGAGGCGGCGCCCGUGACGCACUGCAAGGGCGUCAACGACCUCGACAAGGUCGUCCUCCGCGAGGUCCGGGGAAGCUCCGUCGAGGUGUACCUGUAUGGUGGGCAUGUAACAUCAUGGAAAGAUGAGCAUGGAGAUGAGUUACUUUUUGUUAGCAAUAAGGCUAUUUUCAAGCCUCCAAAAGCUAUACGUGGAGGAAUACCAAUCUGCUUUCCUCAGUUUUCCAACUUUGGAAAUUUGGAACAACAUGGAUUCGCAAGGAAUAGAUUCUGGACCAUUGAUACUGAUCCGCCACCAUUUCCAGUGCCAACCACCAAUACAGCUUAUGUUGAUUUGAUCCUUAAACCUACCGAGGAGGAUUUGAAGAUCUGGCCUCAUAGUUUUGAAUACCGUCUGAGGGUUGCACUUAGUCCUGGUGGUGAUUUGAUGCUAACUUCACGUAUAAGAAACACUAAUGCAGAUGGAAAGUCAUUCUCUUUCACCUUUGCAUACCACACUUACUUCAAGAUUUCUGAUAUCAGUGAGGUGCGAGUAGAAGGUCUGGAAACUCUGGAUUACCUAGACAACCUACAAGAUCGAGCCCGUUUCACUGAACAAGGAGAUGCGAUUGUUUUUGAAUCCGAACUGGACAGGAUAUAUCUGGGCACGCCAUCAAAAAUUGCCAUUAUUGAUCACGAGAAGAAAAGAACAUUUGUUGUGAGGAAAGGAGGCCUUCCUGAUGCUGUUGUUUGGAAUCCUUGGGACAAAAAGGCAAAAGCUAUGCCAGAUUUUGGGGAUGAUGAAUAUAAACGCAUGGUUUGUGUGGAGGCAGCUACUAUAGAAAAGCCGGUUACUCUAAAGCCUGGCGAGGAAUGGACCGGAAAGUUGGAACUUUCUGCUGUACCAUCUAGUUAUUACAGUGGUCAGCUAGACCCUGACCGUGUGAUUCAGGAUUCGAGUGUCCCAGAGGAUUCGAUCAGCUAGUCCUUACUAAUUCUGCGCAGGUAGAGCAUUAUAUCGUGUACAAGGGACACUCGCAGCAAGGAUUGUCAACAUGUUUCAUCCAUUCUAUUCAAAUCUUUGUUGUUUUAUAUUCGGGUACAUAUCCGAAUCGAUGGAUAUGAAUUGGUUUCCUUUUUUGGAUCUAUGUAACAUAAAGGACAAGUCAAUGUUCAUACCCAUGGCUUGUAAAAUAAAGAAAAAAGAUUCUCUAGAAAUCUUUUAUCCAUUGUGUUUAGAUGCGAGUUCAA